AUGGUCAACACACCACCGCCGGAGAAACACCUCGACGAGCAGCACCACCAGCCACAAAGCUCCAUCGCCUCCAUCGAUUUCUACACCCCACUCCGCCUCUCCAUCGACGGCACCCCACGCGCCGCCGUCGGCCCAAGCCCAACAAACCAGCCCAUAAUCCCCGAAGGCCCAAUCCCACUCCCGCUAUCGUCACGCUCCCCGCCUCCGCCUUUCCCGGAGGCCCACCAUGCCAUCACAAUCUCCAACAACGGGUCCUUCCUCGGAUCCCACAACCACCCGUCGCCUCCUCCCCUGAGGCCGCCGCCGGGCGGCGGUGGGAAGAAGGGCGGCGGCGGCGGCGGUGAUGAUGGUAUCAAUGUCAUUGAUGAUCGUGCCGUCGAGGAGAUACAUGAAGUGUGCCACCCGCCGCACGUUUCGAUGUGGGAUAAGCUGAAGGGGAGGCUGAAUGAGAUUUUUUUCCCGGAGGAUCCUUUCCAUGUUUUCAGGAAGAGGAACCAGAGUCCUGCUACGAAGUUCGUGGAGGCGGUGCAGUAUGUUUUCCCGAUCAUCGGCUGGUUGAGGACUUACGAUUUCGAUGUGUUUCGGUCCGAUCUCAUCGCCGGGCUCACCAUUGCGAGCUUGGCCAUCCCUCAGGGUAUCAGUUAUGCCAAACUUGCAAACCUCCCACCAAUAAUUGGACUAUAUUCAAGCUUUGUGCCACCAAUGAUCUAUGCUGUCCUCGGAAGCUCCAGACACCUGGGGAUCGGUCCAGUCUCUGUAGCAUCUCUGAUCAUAGGUUCAGAGCUGAGCCAAUCGGUCUCCCCUGAAACACAAACCGAGCUGUAUGUAAGCCUGGCUUUCACCACGACCCUUUUUGCCGGUUUGCUCCAAACUGGUUUAGGUAUAUUCAGGCUGGGUUUCAUCAUCGAUUUUCUGUCAAAGGCAACCUUGACUGGGUUCAUGGCUGGAGCGGCAGUCAUUGUGAUCCUCCAGCAGCUCAAGGGGCUCUUUGGGAUCACACAUUUCACCAAGGAGAUGCAGAUCAUCCCUGUUUUGAAAUCCGUGAUUCACGAGGAAAAAGAGUGGACAUGGCAGGCAGUGGUGAUAUGUCUUUCUUUCUUAGCACUCCUAUUGGUUGCAAGACAAGUUAGUGCAAAGAAGCCAAAGCUCUUCUGGGUAUCUGCACUAGCUCCAUUAACUUCAGUCAUCAUCUCAACUCUCGUCGUCUUCAUUCUCAGAUCAAAGCUCCAUAAAGUCGCCACAAUAGGGAAGCUGCCUGAAGGAGUGAACCCAUCUUCAUUGCAUCAGCUGUACUUCCAUGGGCCUUACCUCUCUCUCGCCAUUAAAACUGGCAUCUUGGCUGGAGUUCUCUCCCUCACCGAAGGAAUUGCAGUGGGAAGAACAUGUGCCAGCAUGAACAACUACCAAAUUGAUGGCAACAAGGAGAUGAUAGCAAUUGGUGCCAUGAACGUUUGUGGCUGCCUAUGUUCUUGUUACGUCGUAUCAGGUGGAUUUGCUCGGUCGGCGGUGAACUACAACGCCGGAGCCAAAACCGCAUUCUCCAACGUCGUCAUGGCACUCGCCAUCCUCAUAACCCUACUGUUCCUCAUGCCCUUGUUCUACUACACUCCCAACGCCGUCCUCGCCGCCAUCAUCACCUCCGCCGUCAUCGGCUUCAUCGACGUGAAAGCCGCCUAUAAUCUGUGGAAGCUCGACAAGCUCGAUUUCCUCAUCUCGAUGUGCUCUUUUUUCGGCGUGCUCUUCAUCUCUGUCCCCAUCGGCCUUGCAAUCGCCGUUGGAAUUUCACUUUUGAAGAUCAUCCUCAACGUUUCCAGGCCAUUCACGUCGGAGCUGGGCAACAUUCCGGGGACUCGAAUCUACCGCAACCUCUCGUGUUACAACAACGCGCGUCGGGUUCCGGCUUUCCUGAUUCUCACCAUCGAGUCUCCGAUCUACUUCGCGAAUUCCAUGUACCUCCAAGAAAGGAUAAUCAGGUGGAUAAGGGAGGAGGAACAGAGGAUUCAGGAGACCGGAGAUGCCAUCCUGAAGUGUGUCAUUCUGGACAUUACCGCGGUAACGAACAUAGACAGCAGUGGGAUCGAGAUGUUGUACCAGUUGAAGAGAACCAUGGACAGAAGUUUACUCCAUCUUGUGCUGGUGAAUCCGGUGGCAAUUGUUAUGGAGAGGCUUCAGAAUUCCAAGUUUCUUGCAACGUUUGACGCAAGAGGGCUUUAUUUGACCAUUGGAGAAGCUGUGUCUGAUGUGUCUUCGUCAUGGAGGAAUUGA